AUGUCAAAUCUAUUUAAUGAAUAUUUUACCGAUAUUGGACCAACUUUAUCAAGCCAAAUUCCUGAAACUAAUGUCAGCUUUGAAACGUACAUGAACUUUAGUGCUCAAAAGGAGUUUAACUUCUCAGAUAUUCAUAUUCAGGAAGUUCUUAAUGAAAUUAGUAAAUUAAAUACAUCUAAGUCGGUGGGGCCUGACAAUAUUCCAGCCAAACUUGUAAAGGACUCGAAAGACGUUGUGACCCCUUUUUUAACAUUGAUUUUUAAUGCCUCCGUAAGUAAUGGAAUUUUUCCUGAUGAUUUUAAAAUAGCCAGAGUAAGUCCAAUUCAUAAAUCUGGAAACAAAGAAGAACGAGGUAAUUAUCGGCCUAUUUCUAUACUCUCGAUAAUCGCAAAACUGUUUGAGAAGCUUGCUUGUUCGCAACUAAAUAUAUUUUUAACCAAAAAUAAUAUUCUGAGCCCAUGUCAGUCCGGUUUUCGAAAAGGUCACUCAAUCACAACAGCUCUUUUAGAAAAUACUGAUUCAUGGCUACUGAAUAUGGAUGCUGGGUUGAUAAACGGUGUUCUUUUCCUUGAUCUAUGCAAAGCAUUUGACACAGUUGAUCAGAAAAUUCUUAUUAAAAAGUUAUUUACUUAUGGGAUUCGAAACAAAUCCCUAGACUGGUUUAAAUCGUAUUGCACAAUAGAAAACAAUUCUGCGUGGUCAAUAAUGCAACAUCGUGCACAAAGAAA